AUGGAAAGAACACUUCUAAAACAAGCUGGCUUCAUAGAAAAUUACUUGGAAGAUUCCUCUCAUGGCAAGGAAAUUGUUGUAUAUAAUUCAGCUCUCAAGAAUAAAGAGGAGGAUGAAGCGGAAAGUUGGCAAACAAGAGCAGCUAGUUUCUUGUUCAAAAGUGGAAACAAGAAUUUACUAGCUGCACUUGCAGAUUCUGCAGUCAAUGGAGUCCCAAGUUUAGCAAGAGCUAGCCUUAUAACAAUUUCAUGGAUGAGCAGCUACCUUCACUUAGUUGAUGAUAGAAAGUUGCCACCAAUGGUUUUCUCAAUUAUCAUCCCACUGUUACUAAAAUACUUGAAUUAUGAUAAGGAUGUUGAGGCUAGAGUGCUGGUUUCAUAUUCAUUGCUAUGCCUUGUAAAAAAUUCAGGAUAUGUCUCUUCUGUCUUGCCAUCGCUGGAUGAAGACUCACUCAAACAUCUUCAGAAUCUCUCUCUAGUCACGUGGACUGCCAAUGAGCUAAUCUCAAUAAUCGCGAAAAGCAGCAUACGAUCAAAAUCAAUGAAAAACAAAGCUGCAUAUUGAACACUUCCAUGUUCAUUGUCUUUCAUACACGUGUGAAUGUUUGAAAGGGAAUAUUUCUACCAAUAUCUAUUUGUUUCAUUUUAUGAUAGCAUAUAAUUCACAGUCUGAAAAGCUUGUUCAGCCAAAG